AUGGAGCUGAAGAGCUAUAUUUUAUAUUGGGACGCUGAACGUGCGUUCAAAUCAGUCGAGCAGUACCACGGGAGUUCCACGGCCGUGGUCGAUUCUUCCACUGAGGAUAAAAUAACUUCGAGAGUGGCCAGUCCAGCGGACAGCAGAGUGAGCAAGAGUGCGAACGAUACCUCACCGCACUCGAAUGCCGGUCGAGCUCAGGCGAUUGAGGGGGACGCAUCUUCGCAGGCCCAACCUGUGACAACGGACGACAUCGUGUACUUCUCUCGGGACAGAGUCAACGCUCCAGACCACAAGGAUGCUUAUCUUGUUAGCGGAAUUCCUGACAUGGGAUCCAGUCCCCUCACCGACUCUCAACAUCCAGAUUUGCCGCGGGGGGUAAAUGAGCAGACUUCAGAUAAGAACCGGCAUCCGGUGGAAGAUGGAAAUACCGGACAAGGGAAAAAGAGAGAAUUAGCGCCGGUGACGAGCGGCACUAGCGCUCACAAGCGAGAAAACGAAACGGGAGUCACCGAAAAUGUGGAAAACAUUCCGAACGGAAAUCGAAACUCGUCAAGCGUCGAGGCGGAACGCGAUCAAACGCACAAUGCCAUUCGGGAGCAGCAGCACAACCUGAAGACGGCUCCAUCCGAUUGGAAUCGGGAACCCAGUCCAGGGGCAGAUACCCGUCCGGAAACCGCAGGUGUUGCGAUCCCCGUAAUGCAAUUCGGUGGACAGCGGUUCAUAGAGUUUGGCGUGGUGCGAACUCAGAAAGGUCCUAAGGUGCUGAAGAACCACAUUUUGACUCAAGUUGUCGUCCCUGGAAAGGUCGACGACCCGAAGAGAAUCACUAGUCUCAUCCGAUCUCGUGGCGAUGCCAGGAGAGACACGCUCCGCCUUCCAACGUCCGAAGUUGAGAAUGAAACGUCCAGUGGAGACGAGACCCUCCGCUCGGGCCCUCUCGAGGGACCAAAGCAUCCAAGCGGAUCCAUCUCGUCGGCGUCCGCAUCUCAGGAGACAUCCUCGUCCUCUUCUGAGAGCUCUGAGAUAUCCUCCGAGGACGGGCUCGACUGCCGCAAAGAUAAACCACGUCGGAAGCGAAAGGUCUCAAAGCCGAAACCCGUGCCUGCGUCCUUGGCCUCGGUUUUCGAGUUCAAGAGAAUUUCGAAGAAGAAGCCGACGGCGAACUCUCUCCUGCCAAAAACUCUCGCUGAAGCCCGGGCUACUGAGCCUUCGGAGGAGGAGAGCUUCGAAAGCACACCGGUGUCGCCAGGCUCUGGAGUGUAUCCUAGCUCUGAGGAGAGUUCGAAGACUGCGGGAAAGGUCGGGAAACAGGACGACUUCUUGCAGAAUGUUCUGCGCAACUUCGGAGUACAGGUCGAGCUGGUGCCCGUGACCAACUCGACGAACAGCACCGCUGAUGUUGACACCGCGCGAGGCUCGGCCUUGGAGAACGCCGCCCCCGAUCACAUGGUGGCCCUGUUGCCAAUUACUCCGUCUGCGCAAUCAUCAUCGCGAACACCGGAAGAGAACGAUUUCCUUCAGGGACCAUCGAACUCGCCCCUUCGAUCAAUCCCUUCCUACGUUCAGCUCGAAGCUUCCGAUAAGGAACUUUCAGCACCCGUGCUCAUGAAAGCGAAUUCUAAGAAUCGAUCAAACGCCAAAGACGCAACCGCGAAUAGCUUGGGUCACGGAGUCAGUGAUGGGGAAAAAAGCUUCACAAGCAGUACGAAGUCUUCUCGGCAAGGCUUCGAAGCGCCGACAAUACCACCUAAUGGAUCAUCUCCUCCGAAACCGCCGACCGAGACGUUCACUAUUGAUUUGAACAAGAUUCGUGAGAAAAAUCGCAAAACGAGCAGACCGAAAGGGGGUAACGUCGAAUUGACGCCCGGGAAGGUUUACAUCCACGAUUUGGAAUCCGCAACCUUCGAGGAAGCCCCUGACGAUGACGGUACUCUUGCGAGGAACCUCGAAGCUCGCAAGAAAUAUGAAGAUGAUUUCGUCAAGAACAUACUGCAGAACUACGGUAUCCAACUCGAUUCCAAAACUGGAAAAGCGAAAUCGGAGUUUGUCUCUAUCGAAUCAGCUCCGAAUCUCGGACCUACCAUGGAUCAGAAUAAUGUACCCGCUCCAGCGAUCCCUCGACCGGUCGGCCCUCAGUCGGCAGGCUUGUCGCCCUCGUUAACGGUACCCUCACCGCUUACUAGCGGGCAAAUUCAACAGCCUCCCGUUUUCCUUCUCGGAGCACCCCAACGACCGCAGAAUCACCACGCCACGUCUUCAGAACUGCCCUCUCUGAGAGAGUCGCCCGUAUCCGGACCGAGUGACUUCUUUGGACCACCGAACGCACCGGUCCCGCAAGCUCCAAGUGACGCGUCUCUGGAGAGUCCCCGCUAUCCCGGAUCUAAUCAGGCGAUCCGCAUCGUGCCGGCGCCGGACCUGUCCGGGCUGCGACCGCAGUCGCCGAUCCCAUCUCCGGCUCACGAUGAUCCGCAAUUCGAAGCUGACUCCGCCGAGACUGAUGUUCAGAAGGCAGCUUCUCCCCAAAGCAGCGACCAACAUCAGCAGCAGCAGACUCCCAGCUCAGGAACUCAAUCGGUGGCACAGGCACCGCGUUCCGAAGCGAUCCAAGCGCCCGCAAUCGGAACUCAAGAUCCUCGUCAAACCCCGACCAACGGUGAACCCUUACCGGGGGCGAGCCCCGACCAGCAGGCUCAAUACCAGGAGCCUGGCCCCCAGAAUUCGCAGGCAUCUCCUGAGCCACAAUCGGAUCUGAAAGCACCAAAUGAGAUCCUGCAAGGACCAGUAGUGCAGGGGCAACAAGUCCCAACUUCAGUGCCUGUUCUACCGAAUCUAUCGCAACACGCUCCCAAGCAGGCUGAUCAGAACAUUGCCGUACACCAGCCCCUUCCCCAAGAGGUUAACAUCGGGCUCCUCCCCGGUCUUCCUCCCCCACCUGUGCAUCAGAAUCUUGGCCAAGCGCAGGCCAUCCAUCCAUACGCUCAACUCGUUGACCAAAAUUCAAUCCAACUACAACAGCAGCUGCUGAAUAACCAGAUUCUAGCCCCGCAGCAGCUCUCGAGCAACUUGAUCCAAGCCCAGCAGCAGCUCGUCCACGAUCAGGGUAAAGACCAUCAGCAAAGUUUCCAAGAACAAUCUCAACUCCAACAACUUGGUCAGGUACAGCUACCGCAGCCAAUCGAACAUCAACAAAUUCAGCAACAGCAAAUUCAGCAACAGCAAGCUCAGCAACAGCAAAUUCAGCAGCAGCAAAUUCAGCAACAGCAAAUUCAGCAACAGCAAAUUCAGCAACAGCAAAUUCAGCAGCAGCAAACCCAGCAACAGCAAAUUCAGCAGCAGCAAAUUCAGCAACAGCAAACCCAGCAACAGCAAAUUCAAGAGCAGCAGAUUCAACAGCAGCAAAUCCAACAGCUGCAAAUCCAACAGGAGCUGAUCCAUCAGCAGCUAGCUCAACAGCAGGAAAUCCAACAGCAGCAGCAAAUUCCACAACAGCAGUUCCAACAACAACAGAUCCGACAGGAGCAGUUCGAAGCUGAGCAGAUCCAGGAUGAACAAAUAAAACAGCAGCAGAUCCACCAGAUUCAACAGCAACAGGAUCUACAGCAACAGAUUCAACAGCAACAGAUUCAACAGCAACAGAUUCAACAGCUACAGAUUCAACAGCAACAGAUUCAACAGCAACAGAUUCAACAGCAACAGAUUCAACAGCAACAGAUUCCACAACAACAGAUUCAACAGCAACAGAUUCAGCAACAACAAAUUCAACAGCAACAGAUUCAGCAACAACAAAUUCAACAGCAACAAAUUCAACAACAGCAAGUUCAACAAGCGCAGGUCAUACAACAGCAAGAUAUACAGCCUGGAGUCCAACAAGUGAUCAGUCGAGCACCGUUGCAACCGCACAUUCAGCUGCUGGACCAAAACGUUCAACCCGGACUCCAGCAUCUGCAGCUCCAAUUCGCCCCUCAAGGAAGUCACCAAGUGCAAGUGCAAGAGCAGCAACAAGUAGUGCACAACGGGGCAGGAGCCCAGCAUCAGCUCACAGAUAACCAGCAGGUCAUUCCCGGGCAGGUUAUAGACGCUCCGCGACAGAUUAUUCAGCAAGUGCAGUAUACGCCUCAGCAACAGACGGUGGAAGCUCAAGUUCAGGCUCAGCCUGCGCCUUCGUCUUCGGACGAACAGAUUCGAGGAUCUCAAACCCCAUCACCGGCGGGAAUUCCAGCGGAAGAGCAAUUGCUCAUCAGCGAGCCCCACUACGAGCCUCUGCCUCCCUCUCCAGACGCUCCGACCGGGAGCUUCCAACAGGUGAAUACUAUCGAGGCUCAGAAUCAGGCCGCCGGAAGCCAAGGAAGUACUUUCAAUGCGGAACAGCUUACGCGGCACAUUCAACCUUCCCCCAGCGCCCACCAAGAGGGAGUCGAAGUGCCAUCUCAAGAAGGAAUUGUUAUCCAACAACAGCAAGCAUAUCAACAGCAGCAGCGAGAAGUUCGAGUGAAUGAGCAACAGAGUGACUAUUCACAAGAGCAACAAGGCGCUCGACAGCCGGAUAGCCACAAUAUCGAGCCGCAGCAGCAGCAGCAGCCACAAGAUCCGACGCUCGAGUAUGUUCGGUUGGACCACCAUCUACAACAAACUCGUACGCCUCAGCAGCAGCACCAUCAAUUGCCGCGGCAGCAGAUUUCCAUUGAGGGACCGCAGACGAGCCUGAGAACUCCUCAAACACCUUAUUCUCAGAGUAAUGGAAUAGUGUCGCGACCGAGCCUAUAUCGCGCAGCCCACAGCGUCCCGAGCUUCCCUGACGGCCAAGCCAUCUCGGUCCCGACGUUCGAAGUGGAGAAAGGUCGCUUGAGACGGGUUCCAUCUUACACUGGUAGUACCGGACAAGUGCGACUGGGUCCGGGAUUCGUGUUCCGACCCCAGUUCCGACCGCUGCCUCUGAGAAACGUUGCUCCUGGCUCGACUCAGACAGCCGCAUUACCUUUCGGUGGAUUUCAGAUCACUCAUUUCGCGCCGGGAAGCGGAGCAACAGCACACUCGAUCUAUCGUCCCGAUAAAAAUGGCUUGCUCUCCAACGUGAUGAGUCAGAGUUUCAAUCCUAUCGAAGGAACCAGCUCCACUUACCGCUUGAAUUUCGGUUACAGACAUGGGGAGAAUCCAAUCGCGGCUCAAGCUUUUUCGUCUGGCAAGGACUUUGAGAGUUUCUUCGCGCGGAUUCCAAAUACUGCGAGAGCUCCUAGAUUAGACUUCUUGAGCUCACAGAAGAAGAGCAUGAUCUCCGGCAGCUCCCUUCUGAACAACCAACCCGAUUUUGUAUUCGGAUCCUCUGGCAGUCUGGUCUCGAAUGUCGACCUGCGGAGCAAUGGGCCCAACGAAUACACGGGAUAUAUCAAGAAAAGUUCGAAAAAGAAGAGCCGAUAG